GCUAUCCCAGGCAUUAUGAGAAUAACCUGGCCCCCCACUGAAGGAUGCCCAGCUUUCUGGUGACAGAAGGAAAUUAAAGCAAGAACUUUAGAUUCAUCUACUGUCACAUGAGCACUGAUACUUGGUCUCACUCACUGGUUUGACCUGCGCUACAGAUGUUGUUACCUAAACCAUUUACGAACCUCAGGCCAGUUAGCACAGCCUAGACCUUGAAAUGCCACAGCAGCAGAGAUGAAUAACCAAAGAGCAAUCUACUCAGAACUGAAACUGGCCAGCAACCCAAGGAGACAGCCAAGGAAACCUAAGGAAACUAAAAGCUCCAUUUCAGUAACUGAACAGGAAAUAACCUAUGCAGAAUUAAUCCUUCAAAAUGCUCCUCAGAAUUUUCAAAGGAAUGAUAAAACCAACUACUGCAAAGAUAUACUAUAUCUUCCAGAGAAGCUCAUUGCUGGGAUCCUGGGAAUUGUCUGCUUUAUCUUAGUGGUCACUGUGGUAACGGUAGUUCUUACUCCCUCUACUGUAAUACUGGAGCAGAGCAAUUCUUCUGUAAUAUCAAUAAUCCAGAAAGCAUAUCACUGCAGUGGUUGUCCAAAGGACUGGUUAACAUAUUCCAACAGUUGUUAUUACAUUUCUGUGGAAAAGAAAACUUGGAAUGAGAGUUUGGGAGCCUGCGCUUCUAAGAACUCUAAUCUGCUUUAUAUAGAUAGUGAAGAAGAAAAGGAAUUGCUGGGGUCCUUAAUGCCUGCAUCAUGGAUUGGAGUUUUUCGUGAGAGCAAGGAUCAUCCCUGGUUAUUGACAAAUGGCUCACCCUUCAAACUCAAGAUAAUGGAAUCACCUGGUGCACAUAACUGUGCCAUGCUCUCCUUCACAGAUCUUCUAUCAUCUACUUGUGAACUUACACACACCUACAGCUUUAUUGCCCUGCAUUUGCAGCACACAUUCUGUUCACUAAAGUCAAACAAAUGGCUUGACAAGGAGGAGAUUUAACUACCCAUUCCAUAUAUGCAUGCUGUGUCUUUCCAAAAUUCUUGUUGAAACUCAGUCCCCGUUGUGGCUGUAUUAAGAGAUGAGUCUUUUGGGAAGUGAUUUGUCCUGAAGGUUCUGCUGAAAUGAAUGGAUUAGUGUCUCAUAAAGGGCUAAAGCCUUGAGCCCUUUAGUCCUUCUACCUUCUGUUAUGUGAGGACACACCACAAAGUGCCAUCGUGGAAGAGGGAAAGAAAAGAACAGCUCUGCCCAGACUAGAGACCUCAUGGCUUCUUGAUUUUGGA